CACUAACGUUAAUUAUGACAUCUCUUAAACCUUUUUCUUGCUAUCUUUGUAAUAAUUCAUACUCUUCAAAAUCAUCGUUAAGCUGUCAUGAAAUUACUAAACAUAGUAUGAAUCGUAUUGUUCCACACUACCAACACUUACCUACAAUAUCUGAAGGAAUUAUCAAUCAUUUUCGUGCUGUGCUUCUUCAAGAUAUUAAUAGUAAACUGGGUUUUCAUCGAACAAAUGAAGGGUUAAAACAUAUACAAUGGAAUUUUCCAGAAAGCUUAUUUUAUUUUUUCUUUUCAAAUGAAUCCGGAUUUUCAUAUCGACCAUCUUUACGAAGAUAUUCAUGUGUUUUUAAAGGACAAAAUGGGUAUAAUCGAAUAGGACAAUACUGA